CAGGGAAGUGCCCCGAAGGGCCAGACUUACAUUAGAUAAGCUUCAAAGCACACUUUACAUCAGGACCGAAAGAAAAAGAAAGAUUACAACAAAGUCCCAGACUUUUGCAUGGAGAACCCCUAACUGAAAGAUUAAAAUGCAAUCGGGUCCUUGGCAGCCUUCGCUCAGAUUGAACCUCGCCGUCGCCGGGGACGAACUACUUGGGGCGACGAGAUCGCCAUGGGUGCAGCACGUGCAUCCCAGAGCCUCUGAACGAAAACUGGAACUGCCUCCCAUAAGGCAUGCAAGCCAGGAGGAAAGGGGUUGGCCGCCCUUCGACCAGAAGAAGCAGAGGGUCGAUGAAGACCGGCAGCCGACUGCAGGCGCCGUAGCUCCACCAUAGAAUCCUCUGCUGAUGAGCUCGAACCCGACCAUCAAUCUUCAGCUCAGUGCUUCCCCACCCCUCUUCAUCCACCACCUUGGCGGCAUCAAGUGGAGGAAGGUAGCAACGAGGCCUCCUGCAAGUGGUAGGCAUGUACAUCUCCUGCUGCUCUAUCUCUCUUCCCACAACCAUGGUGGUAAGAACAGAUCGAGGAAGAAGAGCAUCUGGCGAACCAUAUUGGGAUUUAUUACAGCAAAAAAAGGGGGGAGAAGUGGGGACGAAACCGGACGGGCCUAAGCUUCGCCAUGGAUCCGGCUGAGGGAAGCCGCCGAAGGAUCCGCUGCCAAGGAUCAUCCUUGCCUCCGUCUUUUCGCCACCAGCGUGGCCCCAAGGGAGAGUUGAACAACCACCUAGACAAGAUCCAAAACGCAGCUCCACUUUAUUUACCAGAGAGAGACACUCACACACUACUAGACCUAGGAUCCAGACCUACAUCCCACCCAGCGCCGGCCACCAUGGCUGCCGGCGGCGAGGGGGAGGGAGGCCGGAUGGGGAAGCUGGAGGUGGAGCUCUCAAGGAUACGGCAGAACGCCAGUCCAGAAAGUCCGUCGAGCCAUUCAAAUCGGCUCCGCGGACUCGCCAACGGUUGGACCCGGAGCGCGACCGAGACCGGGACACGGUAACCCGGCCGGCAAGGCCCCGGUCCGACGAGGCAAGGCGGCCCACUGCCCGACGGGCCCCGCAUGCCGGCCCCUAAAUAAUUCGUCCUCGCCCCUCCCUAUCGCCUCUCCCUCCUCGCCCUCGCCUCGUCGCCAUCCCUUCUCCGCUCCUCUCCUCGCCUCGCCUCGUCGCCGUCCCAAAUUAGCAGCUGCUGGAGCUGGCCAGCCCCCGCCGCCGGCGAAAUCCCUAGGGCCUGCCCCUCCGGCGCUCCAUCCAGCCGCCGUCGCCGCUGCGGACGGCCGCGGCGGGUGGUCGGCGCGCGCGCUCCUCGCCGCCGCCGCCGCUGCUGUAAGAUCUGAGCGAGCUGCUGCGGCUUCUGCUGCCGUGUGGGCCCGGGGUUAGGGUUUCCCUGUUCGUAGGGUGUGGAGGCGGGUCCAUGGCGGGCCCCAAGUUUGGGUCGUUCAAGUCGGAGAACAAGGGGGACUCGGCCGCGUCGGCGGCCGGCGCCGCGGCGCAGAGGAGGGACCCGUACGAGGUGCUGGGGGUGGGGCGCAAUGCCACGGAGCAGGAGAUCAAGAGCGCCUUCCGCCGCAUGGCCCUCAAGUACCAUCCAGAUAAGAAUGCAGACGACCCGGUUGCCUCUGAGAAGUUCCAAGAAGCCACAUUCUCUUACAACAUCCUCUCAGAUCCUGAAAAAAGGCGGCAGUAUGAUUCCUCUGGAUUCGAGGCCAUCGAAGCAGAUAGUCAUGAAUUAGAGCUGGACCUAUCAAGUCUCAACACUGUAAAUACAAUGUUUGCUGCUCUGUUUAGCAAGCUAGGAGUACCAAUCAAAACCACAGUUUCGGCAACAGUUUUAGAGGAGGCAUUGAAUGGCUCGGUGGAGAUUGCUCAGCUUCAUCUGGGCAAAUCCGUAUGCAGGAAGGUGGAAAAACAAUCAGCUCAUUUUUAUUCAGUGGACAUAACGGAAGAAGAAGCCAAAUUGGGGUUAGUGUGUAGGGUUCGUUCAACUGCUAAAAGUAAAUUCAAGUUGCUUUAUUUUGAACCUGAAGAAAACGGUGGGUUAAGCCUUGCUUUACAGGAAGAUAGUGGAAAGACCGGGAAAGUUACUUCUGCUGGGAUGUUCUUUCUUGGCUUUCCUGUGUACCGUUUUGAACAUAAUAAUUCAGCUGCUGCUGCAAAAGAUCCCGAUAGUGCAUUCUUUAAGAGAUUGGAUGGUUUUCAACCAUGCGAAGUUAAUGAACUGAAAGAAGGGACCCAUUAUUUUGCUGUUUAUGGUGAUAAUUUCUUCAAAAGUGCAACCUAUACCUUAGAGGUUGUAUGUGCUGAACCCUUUUCCACCGAAAAGGAGAAGCUACGAAGCGUGGAGGCAAAGAUACUUGCAAAACGGUCCGAGCUGUCUAAAUUUGAGUCAGAGUAUAGAGAGGUUUUAGCAAAGUUCACCGAAAUGACCAGCAGAUAUGCUCAAGAAAUGCAAACGAUCGAUGAGCUUCUCAACGAAAGGAAUGCCAUUCAUGCAUCCUACACCAACAGCCCAACUCUAAAGCGGAGUUCCAGUGACAGCAAAGGGAAAACAUCCUCUAAAGGGUCCAAAAGUGACGAUGACCAAAGUGUAAGAAAAGAGAAGAAAUCUAAGAGUCCGAUGACGAUGGAGGCAUCAGUGAGCGAUGAAGAGGGCCCUAAUAAAAAAGAAAAGAAACCUAAAGAGCGUCUUCGCAGGAAGAGAUGGUUCAACAUCCAUCAUUUGAAAGUGGACAAAAGAAGACCCUGCUGAGAGAUGUAUUGUAUCGUCUGAAUGUAUUAUUUUGUGUCGAUGAUUCCACUUGCAGUAUUCACCUUCUCAUAUCUUUUCUCCCAACACUGUACCGAUUUGUUUCCUGAAAAGUCAGGAAUCUUGGUAGAUUUCGGAGAUGUUGUAAAGAAAUGGUAUUUUGUACUGAAGUACUCAGCUAGCCCUGAAAACUCUUAUUUGCA